AUGUCCGGCCCACCGUUUACGGUCAAGGCUCUUUUUGAUUAUACAUCAGAGCAUGAAGAUGACCUUCAUUUCUCAAUCGGCCAGGUGAUUACCGUCACCGCAGUGGAGGAUGCGGACUGGUACUAUGGGGAAUACAAUGACGAUGCUGGCUCGAAGCAAGAGGGUAUUUUCCCUCGCAAUUUUGUCGAGAGAUUUGAGCCUACAGCUCCGCCAAGGCCAAGUCGUCCUGUAAAGGCGAAGAAGGAGGCAGAUCCGGUUCCCCCACCAGCACAACCUGCGGCGGUCGAAACACCAGCUGCGAAAGAGAUGGGUGAAGAGCCCGUUCAAGGGGAGGAACCAGAGCCUGCUUCAACUGUCGAACCACCUCAAGAGAAAUCUGUACCGUUGCCAUCUCCUCCGCCUCCAGCUCCUGUUGUUAAUCCGGUUGUUCCUCCAGUGGUCUCACAGCCACCGAAGCAGCCUCAGCCUGAGCCGAGUCCUGCUCCAGCAGCCAAAGCCUCUCCACCAGUUGUUUCCAGCAAGCCGAGCUCAAAUGCCUUCAGAGAUCGCAUUGCCGCAUUCAACAAACCCGCCGCGCCUCCAAUUGCUCCUUUCAAGCCGGGCGGUGCAAGUGUCAAUUCCUUCAUAAAGAAACCGUUCGUGGCACCUCCACCCAGCAAAAAUGCAUACGUCCCGAUACCUAGAGAACAACUACCACCAAAGGCGUAUCGUCGCGAAGAAGACCCGGAGAUUACCAAUAGAGAACCUCCUGUAUCUGAACAUUCAUUGCCAUCCCCACCUUCCGAGCCAUCUCAAGACGAGGAUCAGCCAAAGCCGACUAGUUUGAAAGAGCGAAUUGCCUUGCUUCAGAAGCAGCAAUUGGAACAAGCAUCUCGUUUGGCUGAGGCCGCACAGAAGAAAGAAAAGGCGAAAAAACCACCGAAGAAACGAACCGAUUUUCAGGAGGCGCCACCAGUUCCUGCUGCCGCUGAGAGUCCAGAGCUGGAGCACACGGACAUUGAAACUCCUCGUGGUGAACGUCCAUCUUUUGAAGGCGAAGGUGGUGAGGAUGUCAAGCCUGCGCGGCUAGGUUCUCCUCCUUUGCCUUCUCGGGAGCUUACGAGUGAUACGAACGAUGCGGAUUAUUCAGGCGCUGCUGACACCGAAGAUGCGGAAGAAACAUCAACAAGUAGGGAAGAUGCUGAUGAAAGACCUCGAGCGCAAAAGCAUGCAGUGCAUGAACAACAAACGGAUGAUGGUGAUAAUGAGGAAGCAGCAGCAGAGGACGACGAAGAGGAGGAGGAGGAGGAGGAGGAAGUUGACCCGGAAGUCAGGAGGAGAAUGGAGCUCAGGGAGCGUAUGGCUAAAAUGAGCGGCGGCAUGGGUAUGAUGGGAAUGUUCGGUGGUGGUGGUAUGGGCAUGCCCCCAAGGAAACCCAAGGUUGCCGAUGAUGCUGGAAGACAAGCGGAAGAAUUGGAAGCCCCCAGAUCCCCUUUACACGCUCCUCCAGUACCAAUAAUGGCUUUGCCUGGUAUGAACGUCCAACGACCUCCCCCGGUCUCCUCGCCAAAGGAAGUUGAGAAGGAGGAUGAACACGAGGACAUGCCCAUUACCCAACUUCAUUCAGCAGAUGAGCUACCAGAUGUUGAGGAUGUGGUAGAAGAACAUGAUAUCGCACCACGCAAGUCCAUAGACAGGGCACCUCCGCCUCCGCCGCAAGAACGCUCCGUCCCUCCUCUGCCUUUUGCAGAGAGCAGACCUCCUCCACCGCCUAUUCCUGGAUCGCAACCUGCACCACCUCCGGCACCGGAAUCACGACCUGCGGCUCCCGCAUCCAGGCCUCCUACAUCUCCAAGCCCUGGCUCCGAAUCAGAUGAUGAGCUUUCAAAUCAUACCAACAAAAUGUCACUGGAUUCAACUUUGACGCAGGCAGCGCCUAGCAGUCCACCACCGCCGCCUCGCCGCUCUUCAACAUAUGAUUCCGUCAGGUCUGCAACCAUGUCGGAGAAGCGAUUCAGUCGUGGGCCUCCACCAAUUCCAACAAACACUCCUCAGGCUCCUUCGUCUCCACCACAGGCUCGACCACCACCGCCACCUCCUCCGGGAGCGCUAUCUCGACAAACCACGUCGGAUUCUAGGCAUAGCAUCAUUCAGUCACCAAUCUCUAGGGAUCAGGGCAUCCAAGAUGAAACAACUGAGUACGAAGCAGAUUAUGACACUGAUAUUGCUCCCACCGCGAAACACAAGGACGCACUCAAAUCGCACGGUCGAGAACCUAGUAUCGAAGACGGAGGCGACGAAUUGUCACCUCAGUCACCUCGAGCUCUACCUCCGCUUCUACCGACAGCCCCUCGUGCUGUACCUCCUCCUCCACCUGGUCAUCCGCCUAGUAAAAGGGCAUCAAUGGACAUUCCACGAUCUGCGCCACCCCCGCCACCCCCUGUACGAGACUUGACUACCGAGGAAGAGGAAGAGGAAGAUGACGGUGAUGAGUAUGAUCCAUACCGCUAUGACUCUGGUCGUCCCAACAUACCUCCUCCUCUGCCUUCAAACCCUCCUCCUCCUCCACGAGAAGAAUAUAAUGAUGAAGAUGAUAGCCCUGUUUCACUACCCCAGGCUGCUCCUCCUCCACCUCCUCCUGAAAGGACCGUUGCUCCCCCGCCUCCACCACACGAGAAGUCUGUUCCACCUCCUCCGCCAACAACCGAGGCUCCUCGAUCCCGACAGAGUCUUGAUAUUUCCCGGGCCAUGGCCAACACACGUCGAUCAAUGGACAUUUCACGGCCAUCCACAGAUAUGGGGUAUAUUGCUACAGAUGUGGACCUAGCAGAGAGCACUUUCUGGUGGACCCAGCCAAAUAUUCCUCCUCCGGUGUUCCAGAACCGCAAAGACUUGUUGUUCGAGAUCGAAGAGUCAACCUCAAGCAAACGCGGUGGUAAAACUACAGUCAGCAAGGACGUCUAUGUUUUGUUUGCAGACUAUUCGCAAACUGUGAUCAAUGUUCGCUUUGAUGCAAAGAACCCAAGUGAUGUGACCUUCGAGCAGCGACAAGAAGCACCUCCUAGCAAACUCCGACAAGACCAGCUAGAGACUGCACACGAAAAAUUCGGAAGCAAAAUCUCUGCUGCCGCCAACUCGGUACAAAACACGACGGUUGGCGAUGGUACACCUUACGGUCUCAUCCAGCACUUGCUUUCACCACUUAGUGACGUGCUUUUGCCGGUAGGUACGCGGGCCUAUGGCGCCCUGGUCUACGCCAAUCUAGCCAAUGCAUCUGUCCAGCAAAACGAUGAGAUCCGGGCUGGCGAUAUCAUCAGCUUCCGCAACGCGAAAUUCCAAGGUCACAAAGGUGGACUUCAUCAAAAGUACAGCGCCGAAGUUGGCAAGCCAGACCAUGUUGGUGUCAUUGUUGACUGGGAUGGAACGAAAAAGAAGAUUCACGCAUGGGAGCAAGGCCGUGAGAGCAAAAAGGUCAAACCCGAGAGUUUCAAGCUCGGUGAUCUCAAGAGCGGAGAAGUCAAAGUCUGGCGUGUUAUGCCUCGAAGCUGGAUUGGAUGGAAUGAUGAUAAAUAA